UGAAGGACUGCAAGUCCCAGACUGCUCUGAGGCUGCUCUGAGGCUGCACCGGGGGCCUCACUGCGCACGGAGGUCAGGAGCAGUAAACAUGGCAGCGGGACAGGGUGACGCACGCGUGGAGCGCUCUAUCCGGGAGCGGGUUCCUCCGCUGCUCACCGACCUGUAUCAGUUCACGAUGGCGUACGCGUACUGGCGAGCGGGCCGACACCAGGAGCCCGCCGUGUUUGAGCUCUUUUUCCGGGACAAUCCGUUUGGAGGAGGCUUCUCGCUGUUCGCGGGGCUUCAGGACUGUCUGUUGUUCCUUCAGAGUUUUCACUACACAGACAAAGAUGUGGAGUUCCUGCGCUCCGUCCUGCCCCCCACCACUGACCCCGCCUUCUUCACCUUCCUGAGGGGCUUGGACUGCUCUGGUGUCACUGUGCGCUCUGUGGCAGAGGGGACGGUGGUCUUUGCCCGGGUCCCUGUGAUAGAAGUGUCAGGUCCUCUGGCUGUGGUCCAACUGCUGGAGACCAGUUUGCUCUGCCUUGUCAACUAUGCCAGUCUUGUUUGCAGUAACGCUGCUCGGUUUCGCUUAGCUGCCGGCCCCAGCAGGAGUCUGUUGGAGAUGGGACUGCGUCGGGCCCAAGGACCAGACGGAGGACUCACUGCCUCCAGAUACAGUUACAUUGGAGGUUUUGAUAUGACCAGUAAUGUUCAGGCGGGCUUCCUGUUUGGGAUCCCUGUAGUAGGGACCAUGGCACACUCCUAUGUUACCUCGUUCACUUCUUUGGAGGAGGUGUGGCCUCAGACGCUAAAUGCAGCCAGUGGAGACCAAGUUGACCUGAUCUCAUUGACCAAAGGCUUACUGAGUCGUGUUUGUGUGCUGCUCGGAGCUGAAGCUGGGAAGAUCUGUGAGGGGGAACUGGCCGCAUUUCUCACCUACGCCAUCGCCUACCCCCACAACUUUCUGCCUGUGAUCGACAGCUACAGUGUUGCCGGUAGUGGCAUUCUGAACUUUUGCGCUGUGGCCUUGGCUUUGUCUGAGCUGGGCUACAGGCCUGUGGGAGUGCGCUUGGACAGUGGCGACCUCUGCAGGCAGUCGCUGGAGGUGCGGCAUGUCUUCAAACUCUGCAGUCAGCAUUUUUCAGUUUCCACGUUUGAUUCAUUAAUUAUUGUUGGGACAAACAGCUUCUCAGAGAGCACCAUGUCUGAGCUCAACAAGAAGGAGAAUGAGAUUGAUGCAGUUGGUGUUGGAACACAUCUAGUAACAUGCACAAAGCAACCAUCAUUGGGUUGUGUAUACAAGCUGGUGGAGGUUAGAGGGAGUCCCAAGAUGAAGGUCAGCGAGGACCCAGAGAAGAGCACAGUGCCGGGGAAGAAGGCUGUGUACCGCCUGCUGGAGACAGACGGCCAUCCUUUCCUGGAUGUGGUUUGUCUGGCAGUGGAGCCCCCUCCUAAAGCUGGACAUCCUUUUCACUACUACCUCAGAGAAGAGGACGCCUCCCGCUGUGUUACUCCUGCUCAGGUCACCUGUCUACGCCAAGAAGUCUUCACCAAAGGACAGAUCACGUACCCUGUGUGUAACGCUAAAGAAACACGAGCAAAAGCCCAGAGCUCUCUUCAGAUGCUUGACCCUAAACACAAGAGACUGCAGGACCCAGACGUGUACACAGUGGCUGUGUCAGAGAAACUCCACAAGCUGGUGUGUGAAUUUAGAAGAGGCAUCACUACCAACAGCAGCAGCUUUCUUUUAUCCAACUGAAUAUUAUGUCUGUGUCUGUGUUGUGGUUGUUUUUAUCUAAUGUGCCUUAAGAAUGUGCCAUUUUCUGCAUACUAACAUGUAGGAAUUAAAGCGUUUGUUAAUUUGUUCAUAAUUAAUCUAAACUUACCUCAGUUUCUAUACGCCUCAAUAUUUUAAAACAGUAUUGUGUUUGACCAGGGUUGUGUCUGCUACUAACAAUUUUUAAUAGUGUAAUAAUUAUCCAGUUAAAAAAAUCGUGGCUAUUAAUUGACUUGGAACCAAUUAACAUCAAAUUCUGCAAUCCACAAGAUGAGCACAAUCUGCUGAACAAACUGAGCAAACUGACCCUCACUGCAUUCAUCUGAGUUUACUGUGUUUUGUAUUGUAAAUUCCUUCAUGAAAAUAUUAAACAUGAUCUUGGUCCUGG